UUUUAUUAAAAUGGAAUGUGUUGUUUUUUUGUCGAGCAAAUAAAUAUAAGUGAUAAUGUUGUCUGAUUAUUUCGUUUAUCAUCUGCUUAAAUUGAUGUUACUAAAAGAGGUCGUUUUUAUUCAUGAUGCUGCGUUUUAUAUUUCAUACGCGGUUUGAAUAAUUGCAUCAGCGUGAUGAAAUUUUCUCAUGUGUUUUUGUAAGAAGAGUAUCACUUUAGUUUGAGUUAGGAAUAAUAAUUCAGUAUUAAUGUGAUAGUUUUACGCUGCAAACAUUGCACUGAAACCUAUAAAAGAGGAUAGAAACCUACAAAAAUCCAAGUUUAUGGUUAAUUGGAUCGUCAGUUUGUUCGAUGGAGUUCGAUGGUGACAUAAGAAGAAGGUCGUAGUGUUGUUCGAUGUAUGAUGUGUGCCUGGGCAAGAAGAUGAAACCGCGACACUCUGACAGAAGACACGAUCCACGUUGGGACGAUCGCUUGUCCUCGUAGCAUUGCGUCAAAUCCACAAAUUCCAAACCAUAGAUAUUGUGUCACCUAUUUGUUUAGCGAGUGCUUGUACUCGCAUGCUAUUUCGAAAACAUACUUUUUGUACGUCACAAAGGACCAAAAAUCUUCGUCAAUAUAUAAAAAAGUCGAUCGCCUGACGGGCGAAUGCAAUUCUGCGAAUUGCCACUGACGUGCAUUCCUACCGUAGGGUUAAGCUCGUGACACGGUAUGAAGCUGAACCGGAAGUAAGAAGGAAAAGACCGCCGGAAAACAUGUCACCGAAUCACCUGACAGUGGCGGCAAUUGUACUCGCGGUUGCCACCGUCUGUCGCGCGGAGUGCCAGACUCGUUCUAUUUAUUGCUACGAAUGCGACUCGUGGACGGAUCUCAGAUGCAAAGAUCCUUUUAAUUACACCGCACUCCCGAGGGAUCAACCGCCUCUCAUGACUUGCAAUGGUUGUUGCGUGAAAAUGGUUCGCAACGCAAAGUCACCGUAUGAGAGCGUGAGGCGGACCUGCACUUCGCAGCUACAAAUAAACUUAUUCAUGGUGGACCACGUGUGCAUGAUGGAAAGUACCGGCACUGGUCACAUGUGCUUCUGUGAGGAGGAUAUGUGCAAUCGUGUCUCCCCAACCUCGUGUUCGAAUCCCGCACUCCUACUGAUCCUGUCGAUCAUCCUUGUACUUCGCUCGGUCAUUUUAGGGGCCCCAGCUUGCUUUGUAGAACGUUGCAAUGAUCACAUCGUAUAACACUGAUUUACUCGAUUCACCUGUCACUGAUUCCGAUCAUAUCCUUGGUAGAAUUUUAGUUUUAGUCGGCGACUAGAAUUCUCGUCGGGACGAGCGGUUCUCAACAAUCACGUGCACGCAAACGAUUGGGUAGCACGAAACACGUUGUGUUUCUUUUUACGCUCGUGCCGAACCAGAGUGGCAAGGCAAUUACGUGCUAUUUGAAAAGCACGAAGAGGAUCGGUCGAUUCAAUUUGCCAAUCGAAGCGAUUCGAAGAGUUUUUACAGUCUCUCAGUCAUCGCUCGUCCCGAUUCUUUCUUCGGCAUUAACAGUAGCGAGAAGUCUCGACCGUGUUCUGUGUAGAUAAGUCAUCUGAUUUUCUGUCACUCUCACGAUUUUACCAUUCGCGCCCUUCCUCCAAAAUGUUACCAACACCAGAGUGCAAUGAAUCUGCAAUGAAUUUUUAAUAAGUGGAAAAAAAGAAUUUUAAUUCGCUUCGAAUUGAAAUUUAUCCUGUUCGAAGGUAGCAGGUGUUUUAAAAAUAGUCGACUCUUCUCGAAUUAAUAUAACCAAACGAAUUAUUACAGUAGUUCUUAUUAAGUUUAUUCGCGAUAGAAGUUUCAAAAGGAGAAUGAUAAAUUGAAUUCGAACUGCCAGAAAAUUGCGCUUGAAGAGAGUAAAAAUUUAGAAUUUUAGAACGUUCUUUGAAUCGCGGUGUAGCGAUGGUGUUUUUAGUUGUUCAGCACGAUGGACAUGCCUUUUUGACGAAGUUCUGCUGCAUGUAUCCUGUUCCAUACUCGACUAAAUUCAUCUUCUUUGUUUGUGACUGUUAACCUGUUGUUUUUCGUUGUCUUUUUUUCCCUUGCAGUAUCGCUGCAUCUUACGAUUACUAUUUUCUGUUCUUCCUUUCUUUCAUGGCCAUUGAUCGUUGCAAAGUCACAAGCAUCAAGUUUCUCAUAAGCUCUUGACAAAAACAAUGUUUGUCAUUACAUCGUGGUAUUUUUGAAUGUUUUGUCCUUCUCAAAGUCUUCGCUAGUUUGUCGUGUUUCUAAGCGAACGUGGCUCCUAAAAAUUCAUAACGUAGAUAUAUAUAUAUAUACAUAUAUAUAUAUAUAUUGUUUGCAACGUUAUUCGAUCACUGCAAGAUCUAGGAGUUCAUGUGUGUGUUCUAGUUGUAUUACCUCACACGUUUACCGCUUUCCCAUUGUGUGCACACCUUGCACUGGGAGUGACGGACCUUCUCUCCAAGGAAAAUCUCCAAGUGACGAAAAAUAAUCGAGACGCAGAGAGAAAGAGAGAAACGCGACGUUCAUUCUGGCGCAUAGAGAUCGAACUGUUGGAGAAUUUUCGUAUUAACUCGUUGUAAAUUGCUACUCGAAUCGAUAUUACUACAUUCAAAUACGUAGCAGAGAUAUUUGAUACACGUUUGAUAUUAAGAAUCUUAAUCGUUCUAUUGCUUUUUAAUAAUACUAAAUAAUCGUGCAAAAAAUUAUUCGAACGUUGGAAAGUAACUUUGUAAAUAACAAUUUAUUACGAGAACGUCCUCUUGAUUUUAGAACAUUUCGACUUUAGGUCAGUAUGUUAAUAUUCCCUUUCGAGCACUUACUCGAUCGUAAUUUAUCAAAAAACACACGACAUUCGAUAUCUAUGCGCGCACUUUUCUUGAUCUUUAUUUGAUCGAACGAGUUAUUUCUCUAUAUAUUUCUCUAUAUACGUAAAAACGAAUCGUGCAACACUUUCGAUUAUUCUCUGUUUCUUGUCGUAAACGUUGUUCGUUUCACUGUUCUUCGUCACUGACGUUUCGUACACGUUUGUCCGUUUGCCCAUUCUUUCCGAGACAUCGGUGUUUCGCGCCUCAUGCACCACAAAAGACAGCGAAACGAGAAUGGUUCGUGGUACACGGAGCUUAAAGUAGAACUACGGUCAAGCCGCAUGGUUUCGGCAUGUCCACCCGUCGGCAACGUCAUGAGAAAGCAACCAGUGACAACCGGCCAGCAUCGACAGCCAACAUUUUCGAGUUCUACGUUCCUCGAGUUGUUUGAUUCGCGUGCGUGUGCUUUUUUUUUUUUCAAUUUUCAAUGUUCAAUUCUCCUCGAUGGUAUUGUCCAUCGUUUAUCCAAUAACAGAAGUUUUUAUUACCAGAAGAUUUAAUAACGUUUGAGUAGACUUUAUUGUAAAACAGAUGGAAUCGAAAGCAAGAAAUCACUUGAAAUUUGGUAUUGAGUUCGAUAGUUAAAAGGCACGCGCGCGCGCGAUGUACCACGGUGUAGCAUUAGUGAGUUUUGCAAUCACGUAUCUAGCAGGAGUGUAUUCCACACGUAGAAAGGAGCGAAUCCGAGUGCAUGAAUUGUAGCACGUGUAGCAACAGUGUGUUGGAAAGUUACGACAGAGGAAACAUUACGGACGCGCUUUCUGGAUGAAAACUUUUCAGCUCGAUAUUGAAAUUGCGUGUUAUCGUCCACGUUACGAUCUCAUCCUCUUUCCUCUGUCUCGCGACUUUCGCGUCGCCGGUGCAGCAAACACCUUGCAUGACACUUGCAUGAAUCUGUUAUUAGUAAAUUUUGUGUAAGACUAAGAAUCCCGCAGUCGUCGCUUCGACACAGGAAACAGACUUUCGUAAACGAACGUAACAGAAAUAUGGGUGUAUUUCUUCUCGAAAAAUAUUUCGAAUUAUCGUCCAACUUCAACAUAUAAAACGUAACGCUGUCGAAAUCAUGCAAUUCAAUAAUUCAAGUAAGAAGAUCUUUCAAUUCUUUGUCUGCCAGAGUCUGUUUCCAGAACGAGGCGCGGCUCUGUAAUAGCAACCUGAACACGAAACCUUCCACCCCGACGAAUACAACGCGAGGCAGAUCGAAUUAACAAAAAGCACAACGUGGGCCUUCAGCUUCGAUCGUGCCACGCCAUUAAACGCGUGUAUUAGCGACGCUCCCGAGCGCUUUUCAGGCUUCCGGAACUGUGAGUGUGUGUGAUGAUGCGAUCGAUCGAUCGAUCGAUCGAUCGAUUACGCGCGGCACGCAACGAGGGACUCGAUCGGCGAAAGCGACGUUGAACUCGCUCGAGGAUACUCGUGAAAAUCGGGCAGCUUACGACCACGCAGUUUGCGAAUCUUCUUUCAGGAUAUGGCUGGCACGGCCAAGUUGAACGCGCAUGUCCUCACAGAGAGGCUUCCGGUGUGGAGCCUCUUGCCAAACAAGCUUCGGUGCUUGCGAGUGAAAGCGAGCUAACCGGUGUUUCUCUGGCAAGCCAUGCGGCUCGUGUCGCGUCAUUUGUUCAUUGUCGCACGCGCGGCUGCGAGGCUACCUUCUCUAUCUCGAAUUGUCUUUUCCUUCUCGCGUGUCUCUUCUAUUCGUCUCUGCCCCUUCUCAUCUCGGUAUGUCAUUGCACGACCGAUCCGACUAACGUUGGCCGAUUAAUUUUUGACCUUCCAAGAAUUGAAGAGUCAUUUCACUUUGUCAGCAAGAUUGUCAAAAGAUAUAUCCAAAAAGGGUAACGAAGAGAAUUUUCAGAUGAUUGAUCCUUACGCAUAAUUGCUCAACAAUUUUACAUGUAAAAUUGCGAAUGCAGCGGACAGAAGAUGGGUGCUGCAAUGACAUCAGCAUGUAACACGAAGUGAAUCUUCAUUUUUAAGUUUGGCCUCGCAGCUGGAAAGAAUCCACACGUAAUGCUAACGAUACAGAUAACCAUGCGAAGUAACGGCGGAUGCGCUGAGGCGAAUCUUGAACAGCUCGGUCGAACACGAAAUGGAUCCGACGCGUUACAUUUUAGUUAAAUCAACGAAAUCCUCCACUCGUCUCGUUUCUCCAUUUAAACGACUUUUAACACAAAUUUUGACAAUGUUUCAGAAUUUCAGAGAUUCUCUUUCGUCUCGAUCGAGGCUGUUUCAAUUUAGCAAAAAAAAAAAAAAAAAAAAGAAAACAGAAAAAAGAAAAAUGAAAGAAAGAGCAAUAGAAUCGAUACUUUUUUGCUCGCCUGUUCACACGAACGCUCAUGUCCACGUGCUUGCAUAAGAAUCGAGGAGAUUAUUAUCGAUGUACACUUUUUCUCUGUUAAAUCGAUCGAUGUUUACGAUUGCGCCGAAAUGUCAACCUAUGUAUCGAUAUGCUCGAAUACUUUUGUCAUCGAUGUUGAUGAACAUUGGGCAUAAAUUGAAUGAAGUAUGAUGAAUAUUAUAUUUUACGAUGCAAGUGUCAAGAAUCCCCCUCUGUCUCUACGUGUCGAUGUGUAUCGAUUUGAAUGAUCGUUGCCCCCCGAAAUGUUCAUUUAUUCUGACCUCUUGAUUCUUCGUUGGUGUCGGUUACGUUGAUUUUUCAAACGAUUCAGUAUAUACGAUGAGCAGCAUGAAGUGAUGUUUCGAUAGCAAAGUAGCGUUUUCAAUUGUACUUUAAGCACGUGAUUUUGUUGUUCCCUAUUUCGCUCCACGAAGACAUGAUUUUCUUUAAAGUUGAUCGAUCGUUGUCUUUUAACGCCACGUAUGAUUUGAUUUGCCAUGGUCUCAAGGUAUUGUUAAUUCGUACUACGUGUUCCAGACGAAGAGACAAACAUCUAACUCGUAAGAAAGUGAAAUAGAGUGUCAGGUGCUUUGUUGCUUUACUUAGCUGAUUGAACCAUUUGUUCCUUUGAUGUAUAAAGCUACGAUUGAGAUUAAUUGAUUAAUAGUAUUAAGAGACGUUAACGAGCAGUGUCUUACAUAGUUGGAUAAUUAACCACAUUGUCCAUUACGCUUUCUUGUCGGAGAAUCUAACGUUUUAGCGUUCCAACGUUUCAGUAUAUUCAAUGUGGCAGUUUCAACUCGGCAAAAGAAACUCUCAAUUAGCAUUUAUUAGCAUCUGCGACUAACAGGACGUGUUUUAUAGCUUUUUAUCGAAGAUGAGAGUCAGAAAUCUCAGAUAGAACGAGAUCGUUACUUUUCUUGGUGCAGAUACUUCCGUUGCGCGCGGAGUGAUUAUUUCUUGACGAUGGUAGGAAAUUAUCGAGAAUCGACUUUAAGUGGUCGCGUGCUGUCUUUACGAUCAAUGUGACAAUGUAGAAUAUCUAACGAUACAAAUAUCGAGCUUAGCCGGAAAGCUCAGCGUUUUUCUUCGAAAACGAGAUCCAUUUGACGAAGAAUUAUUUGCCCUAGCGUUUGUUAAUUUUUUACCAAACUAAUGCGAUAACGCGUACCAGAUUGUGAAGUAGCCUUAAGCCAGUUCUUAGCUAUAGUAUUCGAAACAUACGACUAUCGAAAAACGCGGUUAUGUUAGUACUUUGAGAGCACGUAGUGUUAAGAAACACAUACAAAUAGCGUUUGGUACAAAUAGCAGGAGUAAACGGAUAUCACGAAACACAUAGUGCUCAUGAUAGAAGGAAAGGGAAAAAAUUAAACAAAAAUUUGAAAAUGACGUGAAAGAAUUGGAUUUAUGGUCGCUGAUUUUUUUCGAUUGAAGUAUAUAUCCUGACCAAUGUGAGAUUAAAUGGGGUAUUAAAUCUCGAUGUAAUCCGACGCGUGAAGAAAGAUCAUAGAGAGACGUGUAACAUAAAUAUUUUCAUGAAUCUUUCACACAAAUCCGGAGAAAUAAUGUUAUUUAUCCAUGCGAUCUUCUGAAACGCUGAAAGAGUUAUUUAAAGGAAAAAGAAAAGUGGUGCGAGAUAUAAAAGAUUGUUCCAGUUGUAGUUAAAGAUGUUAACAAGGAACAGUAUACAUAUGUACAUGUUAUAAAUUAUUGGACAAAACGUAUUCGGAAUUAAAAGACAAGCGAAGCGGUGAUAAAUAGUUGUAUGGGCAUAUUGUAAUUUAAUCAUUGUUAAAACGAUUAAAGAUGGUGUAUCGAGACAGAUUUUACGAGUACGUUGUACCCUCGCGGUUUAAUUGUUAGUGCGAGAUAUAAGGAUCGAGUAUCAGGUGCAGACGAGCGAUACUUUGUUGACUUACCUCAAUGCAAAUAUACAUUUAUGUGUACGUAUAUGUUUCCCCCUUCUCUUCAUAUCAUUUAAAAAAAAAAAAAGAAAAAAGAAAAAAAAGGAG